UCACAUCUCUGGUUCUAACACAAAAACCCAUCCAAAACCCCAAAACCAUAGAAUCCAAACAAGAAGAAAAGAUGUUGCAGAGCAGCAACAUGUUUCCUAGUUGUUCAUACCCAUCUGCACAAACUCUAAACCCAACCAUUAAUUAUCCUUCUCUCCUCUCUUUCCCUUCAUUUUCAUUCACCACAGUGUGCUCUCGCCACAACAAUUUGCCCCAACCUCAGUUUCAAGCAAAGCAACCCAACAAGAAGAAGAAGAGGCAGAUGCUGCGCUUCUGUGGGACUUAUGAGGUGGGUGGAGGCUACCCAGAUGAGGAAUUGGGUGGGCAAGAGAAGAGUAGAACUACCCAAGAGCAAGGCAACUCAAAAUUGGACACUGCCCAGUAUGAAGCUCUUAUCAAAGGUGGUGACCAAGUCACUUCUGUUCUUGAAGAGAUGAUCGCCCUUUUAGAAGAUAUGAACAUGGAUGAGGCAUCUGAAGAGGUGGCAGUGGAAAUAGCUGCACAAGGGGUCCUAGGGAAGAGAGUUGAUGAGAUGGAGUCGGGUUUCAUGUUGGCGCUAGAUUACAUGAUCCAACUUGCUGAGAAUGACCAAGAUGAUAAGCGUAAGUCAUUAUUGGAGGUGAUCAAGGAGACAGUAUUAUCCUAUCUUACGAAAAAAUGCCCCCCGCAUGUUCAAGUGGUUGGCCUGCUCUGUAGAACUCCUCAGAAAGAAAGCAGACAGGAAUUACUACGCAGAGUGGCUGCAGGUGGUGGUGUGUUCAAAAGUAAGAAUGACAUAAAAGUUCAUGUUCCAGCUGCAAAUCUUAAUGAUAUUGCUAACCAGGCUGAUGAUAUACUGGAGACAAUGGAAACUCGGCCUGUAGUUCCAGAUCGAAAACUGCUUGCAAGACUUGUUUUAAUCAGAGAGGAAGCUCGGAAUAUGAUGGGAGGUGGAUUACUAGAUGAGAGAAAUGAUCGUGGCUUUAACACUCUUCCAGAAUCCGAGGUGAACUUCUUAACCAAACUUGUAGCUUUGAAACCGGGGAAGACUGUCCAGGAGAUGAUAAAAAAUGUAAUGGAAGGAAAAAAUGAAGGUGCUGAUGAUGCUAGCAGUGAUGAGGAAGAUACCACUGGUAGAACGAGUGGAAUUGCAGGAAGGGAAAGCGUUACAGGACGAAAAGCUCUUCCUGUGCGCCCUGGCAUGUUUCUUGAGACUGUCUCCAAGGUCUUAGGUGGUAUAUAUGCAGGAAAUGUCUCUGGUAUCACCGCACAACAUCUAGAAUGGGUUCAUCAGAAGACACUUGAAGUUCUUCAGGAGAUAGCAUUUUGAACUUUUUAUGGAAUCAAACACAAGUAUGCCUGAAAUCAUACUUUGUUGAAAGGAAAGUACCCAGAAUCAGAAGAACGUAUGAUGAAGAUUCAAGUCCAAUAAACAUACACUAGUGCAACACCAUGUGUGGUAAGGCCCCACAAGUGUGGAUUUUGAUACUUGCAUCAGUGCACACAUCAGUGGCCCUCCUUGGUAAUCAUUCAUAUGCCUUGAGAAGUAGAAGCAAACACAGCAAGGAUUGAUCCACAUUCCCCCCUAUUCUUUAAAAAGCUAUUUCCCAUGCCCUCUUCAUGCCCUUUUUUAUUUUUAUUUUUAUUUUUUUGAAUUUUAUUUGCCUUUUGUGUAAAGCAAAUAUGAUAUGAAAUGUAUAUACACUUUUCUACCCA